ACUUGAAUUGUUUGAGUUAGAAAGGCAGGAAGACGCAACAUUCGGGGAACCGAUUUGCGACAGAUUUAAUCACAGUUAGCUACAGAUUCUUUCCUUCCCUUUCUCUGUAUAUUUUCCGGGGAAAAUGAGCAUGGAAUAUGACGCUGACACCGUUUCAGCUCCUCGGCUCGUUGUGAUGAAACGAGGAGAAGGUGGCUAUGGGUUUAACCUCCAUGGCGAGCGAAAUAUUCAAGCGGGGCAAAGUAUCAGCGCUGUUGACGAUGGCAGUGAAGCGCAGAAAGCAGGCCUUCGAGUCGGGGAUAAAGUGAUCGAGGUAAAUGGAAUGAAUAUUGAGAAUAUGUCUCACGGCGAUGUUGUCAAGCGGAUCAAGAUGAACGUGACCGAAGUUUCCAUGUUGGUUUGUGACCAUAUUACUGAGGCGUAUUUGAAACAAGAAGGUCGCCCCAUAACCGCUGAUAUGGCUAAUCUAAUGACAGUUUAUCAGAACAAACAAGUUGAGAGUGAGCCAGUACCAUCAGAGCCGCCACAACCAGUUGUUGUGGAAGAAGAACCCGAACCCGAAGUGGAGGAGUCGAACACCGUGGAAACAGCACCGACCAUAACAGACGAAUCGAGCACGAACGAAGUUGAUUCUGCCGAAGUGGCGAACGAGGCAACUACACCCGAGGAAGUUAAACAACUGAACGAGGUAUUGGAGAAGGAGGAGGAGUCAUUGCCUGCACCAACGACAAAUGGUACCGUGAAUCACUCCGAAGUCGAACCUGCUCCAGAACCUGCUCCAGAACCUGCUCGUCCGCAACCAACUCCAGUAGUACCAACUCCAGUAGUACCUCCUCCAACUGCGCAACAUGCAUCGACCCAGAAACCAACAUCUAAACCGCUAAGAAGCACCAUCAAACAGCAAAAAACUGAGAGCUGGGAUGACAAAUACAAGAAGUUCCAGAAUUUGUGAUUUCCUUUCAUUGACACUGCACUUAUGGAACAGGAGUUCUGCUCACGUUAUGGAAAGUGACGGAGAACAUUGCAGUUGAAAGAUGGCUACCAGUGCGGUGAUGUAUGUAUACUAGAUUUGAGCUAGAGUUCGCCCUGAAAACUUCAACGUUUUCCUUUGAAUUAUUAAAAGAAUUGAUAUUUUUGAGAUGAAGUUUGUAGAACUAGUUUGACAUAAGCACACAUUUUUGUAUCAUUCAAGGUUAGCGAAGUGCCUUCACUAUGGCAUUCGAAUUUACAAACUUAAUUAUAAACCUUGUAGUUUAACCUUGGAGCUUUUUUCGGUGGUUUCUAGGAAAUCAUCCCUUUUAUUCUGAUUUCCAGGGCUUGUGAUUGUUCAGUAUAGAUGUCAAUUCCUCGCUGCAGUCGUCACAUUAUGUUAAUAUAUAAUCAUGGCUUUGUAGCUCUUAAUAGAAAAUAUUUCAAAAUCGAAUGUUGAAUUGAAAACAUCUUAUGACUUUGACAGUCCUCCAGAAGGUCGCAAUAAAUAGCUAUUUCCACUGAAA